AUUACCUCGGCAAAGCGGUAGAUCUCGAUAGAGAGCCAGGGGAAGAGUCUGCUACGCAGGGGCAGAUUCUCACGACUAGGAGGAAGAUUGAGACCAUGGAGUUAGAAGAAAGGAGCGCCUGAAUGUUUCGCGGGAGUAGCGUCCCCAUCCUUGUGCUGUAAGCCUACGCCCCCCCAAUCAUUCCUUUCCCUAAAUGAGCAGGUGAACUUCCGAUUUAAAAAAACAGCAAAAAGGAACGCGACCCCCCAACCCCACGGGGGAGAGUUUUCCCAAGAAGGAAGUUCGCAAAAACAAUAGCUCUGUAGGGUUGAAGAAAUCGUAAUUAGGGAUUCUUGGGGCAUGCGAGGUCUGUGGGGAUUCAGAAGUGGAGUAGACAUUCUUGGAAAAAUGCAAAAUCUAGGUCCCUAAGUUGUUCAACAAAAUGCUUGGCAGAGCUGCAAAAACAGCAAUAAGAUCCAAGGCUCAGUUGAGCAGCUUAGGGGGAAACCGGGUUAUGGCACAAGAAGGCGGAGAUUGAUCAAAAAAAGGCCGAGUAGCUGCCGGUACUUCCUGGUCGGGAGUCGGUCCCAAUCCCAACUUUUGAUUACUAUCUAAUAAUCUCAAUUUUGAUAUGAGUUUGCUUUUCAAUGGUCUCAGCAGAUAAGUAUGACAUGUGUCGACAUAUAAUUGAUGUAAAAUUUAAAAAAAAAAAGAAAAAAAAGAAAAAAAAAAAAAGAAAAAAACCCAAACACCCUAGCCACUCCCACCGUAAAAUCCUUAGCCCAACUCCUAACCCCACCGGAGACCGACCCCUCCCAACCCCCUUUAACCUCAUGAUCGAAAAGAUCUCUCCUUUCACUUGACCAAACUUAAUUUGGAUUACGAAAUACGUACUUGUUUUAUAAGGUAGGGAGAUUGUAAACUAUCGAAUCCGAAGGUGGUACCUAAAGGCGAUACUUGAUAAAUAGAAACACAAGUGCGAUUGUUGAACCAGAUCUGGUGGCGGCAUGAAACCUGUAUCAAAGGGAGUCGAAAAUUUAGCUUCACCCUUGAUUAAUCCAAUGAUGCGUUCCCUCUCUCAUCAUCUUACUAAUUUCAAAUUCAUCCUGGCGGCGGCGACAAAGAAAUGGCUAUGAUUCCAAUAACCCCGUCUUCUCCGUCAAAUGAUGGGCAGCAACCCCAAUCAUUAUGGCAACGAACCUUCGAUCCACGAAGCAGACUAAUCAUCAAUUGGAAUCGUUUUGUGUUCUUCAUUUUGAUAUUCGACAUUUUUUCAUUGUUUAUCAUAAGGGUUGAUUACAAUGACAUAGGCAUUGAUUUCAGAUUGGCCUAUCCAAUUUCUUUGCUGAGAGCAAUUGGUGAUUCAUUUCAAUUUCUGGGUAUGCUCGUCAAAUUCCGCACUGCAAUUGAUGAUCCGGCAAAUCGGAUUUUUAAAAGGCUGGAGCUUAUUAGGGACCCAACAAUUAUUGCCAAGAAAUACUUCAAGUCUAGUUUCAUUUUCGAAUUUGUUGCAACAUUGAGGUUUACCUAUGGAGUAAACUCCCGUUGUUAAAAGCUUCGACAACCCCAUAUUCAAGUUCGUCUUUUUUACGGGGUUUGAUCAAGAUCUUAUCCAUCCAGAUUUCGUCAAAGUUCUUUGUAGUGUUCCCUUUCAAAGGGAAAUUACUUGAAACCCGUGACAUCAUUAUGAGGCCUGCUUGGGCUGGUGCAUUAUACUAUCUUCUAUUCCAUAUUAUGCUUAGUCAAUCUGUGGGAGCUGCAUAUUAUCUUUCAUACGUAUAUCGGCUAUUUGAGUGCCAAGCUAUAGUAUUUGCAAAGCAGUAUAACAAGCCAAUCCUUGGAUGGGAUGCCUUGUAUGAAGAGUGUGCCAUAAAUGAUCAGAUUGGCAAUGGAAUAUUGUCUGAUAUAUACAAAAACAAAAUUGGAUCAAGAUCUUCCCUGCAGAGAUUCAUGUAUUGCUUCUCCUGGGGUCUCAAAUGUUUAAGUUCUAUGGGGCAGAAUUUUGAUACCAGCGCUUCGAUUGUGGAGGCAGUUUUCAGUUUCUCUAUGACUAUUUUUGGUCUUGUUCUGUUUGCGGGGUUGAUUGCUCAGAUGCAGACUUGUAUUCAGUCCUUGGAGCCUGGAGAAGAGCAGCAUAUGAUAAGACAAAGAGAGGUGGAGGAAUGGGCAAAAAAACAUCAGAUACCACCAGAGCUGAAGAAGAAUCUACGACAGGCUUUGAUUUCUGUCUUGAGAGGUCUUAGAGGCCUAGAUGAUGAUACUAUGUUGAGUCCUAUGGACUUGCAGUGUGACAUUCGGAGACAUCUCUAUUCUGGUCGUGCUUGCAAUACCCACUUUAGCAAGAUUCUCUCAUGGUUGAUCCUUGUCCUUUAUGCAUAUGCCCAUAUUUUUGCAAUAGCAUCACCAAGAGAAUUGCCUUUCUUUGCAAACUUGGACCAUGAGCUUGUGCAUUCAUUCAUUGGACAUCUAAGAAUCUUCUCCUGUUUGAAAGAGACAUAUAUAGUUACUGAGGGUGACUUAUGUGGCUCAGAAUUGCUAACAUGGGCUUCCCUUCCCUUUGCAUCAAUUCAGCACCUUCCUAGCUCAUCUCAAUCAAUCAAGUGCCUUACGAAUGUUGAAGCAUUUUCUCUCUUAGCUGAAGAUCUUAAGCUAUUGGGAAUUCAUUUUAGUUACUGUUGGAAAUUUCAACAGGCUUUGAGAUGGCAUUCCUAAUGGUGAGGGACGUUUGAAUGAAAGCGACUUUGGUUUUUCAUGCAGCUGCCUAAUGCUGGAGGCUGUGCGAGUUGUGUUACUGGGCCAUGCCACAAUCUUUGUAACUGUCAAGCCAAGAGAUGUUUGCAGUUUUGUACAACUUAUCGUGCUUCUCUACUGUCAGCAACAUUUGCAUGUACCAUUUGGCUUAGCUGGCUCAACCAAUGAAAGGGUCUGAAUUCGGAGUAUGAUGAAGUUAAAUUCUAAUGUGGAGGACUGGAUGUGGCUUUUCAAAAUGAAAUUAUUACUCCUGUUCCAUUGUUUCUCAGACAGUAAGGUUUGUAUUUGGAGUCAUUGACUGCCAUUUUGGCAAAAGGCUGCUUCAGUCAUAAAUCUGAGAUAUCCCCUUGAAUUCCAAAGCGAAAUUUUGUUUGAGAUCAGUAAUGUGGAAUGUUUUCUUUUGCGCCUGAUAAAUUAUCUAGCUCAUGUAAUGCAUUUUUAAAUUCAGAAAAUUUCAUGUUUGCACACAGUAUUAUUA